ACCAGCAUAACUGGCAGUGCCGGUCGGUGUUGAUGUUGAUUCGCAUUCAACUUGUAGCGAAGAGAACUAGCGAGUUUCGAGUUUGAUCGGAGCGUAUUUAGUAUUGUGUGUUGUGUGAAGUCAGCUGUACGCCCGCACCGCUGUGAUGGCAUCGGCCAGGAAGCGCAGGGUAAGGUUUGACAAGUAAAUAGUCGGAGGAGUUUGCCCAGAAAUGAUAUUGAUGGGUCCCCCCGAUUUGUGGGACGUCAAGACGGAUGAGCAGCCGUUGUUGGAGGUGGCUGAGGAUAAUGAUCAUCCCGUCAAGAUGCCCCCGCGCCUGAGGAAAAGUUCACGACAAUCUCCAAGCUUUUUCAAAUUGUUCGCCGUCCUGUGCCUCUGCGUGUGUUUCUUUGUAGUUGUGAUAGGUGCUUAUUUCCAAGCUCUGCCGUGGAAUCUGUACGCGCAUGGAACGAACGCUUUGGACAAUUUAGCCUUCUCAUUGGGUCUGCAGACACACGUGUACGCGGUAGUCAUCGACGCUGGAAGCACUGGCUCGAGGCUUCUGGCAUUUACAUUCCACAAGUCGCUUAUUGACGGCAACUUAAAACUGGAUGACGAGCUGUUUGUCCAGGUGAAGCCAGGGUUGUCGUCGUUCAGCAAUGAGCCAGAGAAAGGUGCAAACCAGAUGCUGGCCCUUCUCGAGAGGGCGAAAGAUGUGGUGCCUCCGUCUGAACGCGGGCACACUCCCCUGUCGAUGAAAGCAACAGCGGGGCUGAGGCUUUUGCCCAGAGAGAAAGCAGAUCGGCUUAUUGAGAAGGUUCGAGAAGUGUUCCGAGAGUCACCGUUCCACAGUACAGCACACUCGAUAUCAAUAAUGGAUGGAACAGAUGAAGGCCUAUUUUCGUGGUUCACAGUCAACUUCUUGCUUGACCGAUUUGGCGCCGGGCCUGAACAUACAGCGGUCGCUCUCGAUUUGGGUGGUGGAUCAACGCAAGUAACGUUUGCCCUCGACAAGGAAGAAGAGGCCAUCUUUAGGGCCCAUGACCCUGAUUCGGUGCACGAAAUCAACGCCUUUCACAACAAACUUGCCGUUUAUACCCACAGCUAUUUGGGCCUUGGACUGAUGGCAGCUAGGCACGCUAUUCUCACAGCGGACCAGGAAGAAAAUACCUCCGUGAUACACAAUGUGUGCAUUAAUCCAAUUGUCAGCACUGAAUGGGAGUACGCGGGCACCACUUACACGUUGAAGGGGCCAAAGGAUCCGACUAUCAUUCACAUAAAGGAGAAGAAGGGCACGGUUGCUGAGGACCGGCCAAUCGUGAAUUUCACUCAGUGCUUGUCCACAGUUCAGGAUUAUGUUGCCCACAAAGUGUACAAACCGAAGGGCUUGUCGAGACGAGAGAUCAAUGCUUUCUCCUACUACUUUGACCGAGCUGCAGAAGUUGGAUUAAUUGAUGAACGAGUAGGCGGCGUGGUUUCUCUAAAACAGUUCAUGGAUGCUGCUAAAACAAGCUGCAACACUCCCAACGUAGAUCAGCCAUUGAUGUGUCUUGACCUUACCAUCAUAUCUGUUUUGCUGAAAGAUGGCUUCGGAUUUGAAUCAAAAACAAAACUGAAUCUUUUCAAGAAAAUCGACAACCAUGAGAUCAGCUGGGCAUUGGGUCUUGCAUUCCACAUUCUUGAAAAUGGCCUGUGAUAUUGUCUACCACCGAAACUUUAAUUAACUAUAUUGUUAUUAUUUGCCAAAAAAUGCGACCAUUUUGCCUCACUGAGUGGAUUGAUUGAUGUGAGAUUACUUUUUGGAUUUCGCCUUAAUUUUGUUGAACAACUAUGAUAUCACAUCACAUUUUAAAAUUGUAACCUUAACUUAAUCCACUUAAAACUGAAUUUUCCUGAAUUGUUACAUUAAUGAGGAAAAUGGAAACGUGAACCUAGCUUUCAAGAAGCACGCCUGUUAAAGCUGUCCAUUUUUAUAACGGCACUCGUGUUGCGGUACUGCAGAGAUUUCUAGAUGUGCUAUAUAUGCCAGUUCAAUAUUUUUAAAUACAGUUCAAUGUUUGAGUAUGCGAGGAAAUUUGAUUUUUUUUUUUUUUGUGGUGUUCAGAUGUUUUCUGCAUACUUGUCCAUCUUGUUGAUUGUUAUUCAGGUUACCGCAAUCAUAUUCUCUACAUUUCACUGCUGUGACAAAUUCCAGAAGGACCAGAGUUUUUGCGAGAGCAAUAAAUUAAUAUUUUUUAAACCAA